UUUUUACUCCAUCAUCAAUGCAUUGUACACAAAAGCACCAAAACAAUGGAGGACAACAAUAAUCCACCCAAUAAACAUAGAAUUGUCUGUUGCAUAGGUGAUAUUCAUGGUCACAUAACAAAACUCCAAAAUAUAUGGUCAAAUCUUGAAUCUUUAAUCAACCCUUGUGAUUUCCAAACUGCCCUUAUCAUUUUCUUGGGUGAUUAUUGUGAUAGAGGUUCAGAUACUAGUAAAGUUAUAGACUUUCUUAUUUCUUUACCCUCAAAAUACCCUAAACAAUCUCAUAUUUUUCUUUGUGGUAAUCAUGAUUUUGCAUUUGGUGCAUUCUUGGGUGUAAUUCCAAGUCCACCUGAUGGUUCUGAAUUUUCAGAGACAUGGAAAGAGUAUGAAAUGAAUGAGCAAAGAGAAGGGUGGUAUAAAGGUGAAGGAUUUGAGAAAAUGCAUUUGCAAGGGAGGAGAUGGGCUGGGAAUCAUACUGUUAAGUUUAAUACUGCUAAGGGUAUUGACUACAAAGGAUCUAUAUAUGAUGCUGCACCUACUUUUGAGUCUUAUGGUGUUCCCCAUGGUUCUGCUGAUCUUAUGAAGGCAGUUCCUGAUGAGCACAAGAAGUUCCUUGCCAAUUUGGUUUGGAUUCACGAAGAGGACGAUGUUUCCAUAAAAACUGAGGAAGGAAUUAGAAAGUGCAAACUAAUUGCUGUUCAUGCUGGCCUGGAGAAAAAGAAACCUGUUGAGCAGCAAAUUCAAACCCUGAAAGCAAAGGACACAAGGAUUCCUAAGGUGGAAGCCCUUAGUGGAAGGAUGGAUGUAUGGGAAAUUCCUCAGGAACUGGCUAAAACUCCAACAAUAAUCGUAAGUGGCCACCAUGCAAAAUUACAUAUUGAAGGCCUAAGACUGGUAAUAGAUGAAGGUGGUGGAUAUGAAGAUAAGCCAGUAGCUGCAGUAGUGCUUCCUUCAAUGGAAAUUGUACGCGAUACUGAUCGUUUGGUGAAAUAGAUUGCUGCACGGGAGAAUGACUUUUUGAUCAGCUAUCAAAGUCUUGGACACCAUAUGUAGUAUAUUGGCUAUGUAUUAAGUCUUUACCUCUUAUAUUUUUCUUUGGCUAGACCUUGGUUGAAUGUAGUCAGAGAAUUUACACAAUAAGCCUGUGUCGGACGAACUUCCAGGCCUGUAGAGAAUCAUAUUAUGUUGUAGAUUCUCUACUUUUUGAUAUACUGCUUGUAUAUGGGAAAUUUCCCAUAUUUAAUGAAAUUAUGUACCGUAUGACGCGCA